GCUCCGAAAAUCCGGCGCGAGUACGGCCGCGUGAUUUGUGUCGCGCACACGCGCAACCGCUCGAUCAUCGGCGAUCGAUCGAGUCAGGCGCUGGCUCGUCGGAUCGUCGUUGUCGUCGUAUGAUCAGUUCGCGUCGUGCCGCGCGAUCGUACGUUUCGUUUCGUCGCGUUGCGUCGCGCUCGUUGUCGGGCGAGUGCACGUGCGACGCGCUUGGCGGAGAGUACGAGUGUGCGCGAGAUACGAAUUCCUUGCUCAUAACGGAUCCGCGAUUCUUCGAGGAGGUCGCGGCGAGAAGACGGUGCGCGAGGCUUCGGCGAGAAAUCAAGCGGAACGAGAGUACCGUGUACCGCGCGUCGCGAUCCCGUCGUCCUUUUCGCAAAGCGACGAGUUUCGCGCGACGUGACGCGACUGACGAGUUAAUAAGGAACGGCAUGGCAAUAACCGCGGCUGUCGCGCAGCUGUUUUGUGCAAAACGUACGGUGUGCCGUCGCCGAGCUCGUCCUCACAUUUGCAAUAUUGAUACUACGUGAGUUUAAAGCGAAAGGAUACCUUGAAUCUUUCAUUAAACAAAAAAAUUAUCUUGAAGAUUCAAAUUAUAAUGAAAGAUAAACUAAAAAUGCGAAAAACAGUGUAAAAGUAUUGCAAUCGGAAAUCUUUUAUCAAGAUUUCAAAUUGGAAAAGAGAAGCAUGAAUAAGAAUAAGAACAUUGAACAUUGUGUGAAGUGAUGUUGCCAUGGGACUAGAGUGAAUCGCAACUGUUCGAGCCUUUAAAAAAGGGACGAAAUGAGCCCUUCACCCACUGCCAAUCGGAGUUUCCUACACGGAAGCGGCAAGGCUACCCUAAUCUCUGACAAGGUCGUUUAUGCCACUCUCGAUAGCUUAGCCUUAAAACAGACGAGAUUGCCUCUACAGUUGCUUCCCGUGGAGAGCGACAAUAUCGUAGAUAAGCCGGACAAAAAAGAAAAGAAGCUUGUCAAUGGAAAAACUUCAAUUAAACGACCGUCUUACAAGGUGAAAUCCGGAGCGAGUCAUCAGUGGAAAAGUUACUCCAAGUGCCUGGUCUUCUCUUCCACGAAGACGGAGAACCAGUCGACGACUCGUGCCACGAGAAUACUAGAUUCUGGAACCGAAUGCAAUAUUGAGAAUACUCUCAGAAAGGAAAUUCAGGCACCAAUAAAUGCGACAGGCGUCGUAGAAAAUACUGUAGAAAGUCCAUUUUCUACAAGGCCAUCCACGAAAGAAGAAUCUCACAUUAAGGACUUUCGAAGCAACAAUGGCGAUGAUUCAACACAUAUACAAACGGAGACGAAUUCUCUCGGCGAUGAUGCCAGUCUUACUGCUAAUCAAUGUGAGAAAGAAAAAUGCUCAGUCGAAAGAAGAGACUCUAACGCAUCUAGCGACUACGAAAGGAUUAGUAUAACAGAAUACAAGGCGUCCACACACGACCUGGAAGUCCCGGACAAGAUAGUUUCCGAAUCCAUCGCACAAAUUUACAAGAUCGAGAAAGAUUCUCCGAUUCCUUCGAGGACAGUCGCGAAAUCGCAGUCCGUAAAUGAUCUAGCAACAAGAGAGGCUACGUACGACAACUCUUUCGUGGAAUACUCGAAGCAGGACGCGGAAUCGAUCACGAGCGACGAGAACGACGUAUGGCACAAGAAUAAGAAGAGGCGCUUCACCAGAAACGUGCUGCACUACGUACCGAGGCAUCUAGUGAAGCAGCCGAAGAAGAAGAAGAAGAAGAAACUGAAAAAGAAACACACCCUCAGCAGCUCACUAAGUUCCCUGAGAUCGUUGCAAACAGCAUCCUCCCCGAGCAUCUCGGACUCAUACGCCAAGACCAGAAGCCUAUCGAGAGACGAGUUAAGGAGUGUAAUCAUCUCAUCGCCCACGAACUUCGUCCACGUGGCGUCCGCUACGAGCCUGGUUCGGAACCCCCUCGGAUUGGAUCUGGAGCAAAUCGUGAUUACUCAUCAGCAGAUAUGCGCUACGUUACCUCUACUUGUUAGAAAGGACGAGCGACGCAAGAAUAAAAACAUCGAGCAGCCCAAGGACACCGCAAGAAUGUCUCCCGUGGACGACGUAAUUUCCAGGCAAUCCGGGCAAAAUCAAUCUGCCGUUGAAAACGUCACGGAUAAGAGCGACCGAACGAACUACGCGGAGAUACAGAGCGACUUCUCGAGGGACUCACAGGCGAAAGUUUUGGAGUCCGACCAGAUGAUGGUGAAAAUCACGACUGGGAAUCAGGCCGAUUCGCCGGAAGAAGAGACCUACGAGCCGGUCUACGAAUCUUCCCCUGCGGCGCCGCCACGGGCCAACUGCAGCUUUCUGUGGAGCAAUCACGGAGCGAGGACAACUUUUCCAAAUGACAAGCUCGUCGAGAACGCUACGUGCCAUGCCCCAAGGGAAAAGGAGGACACCGACAGCGAGGGAUACGACGAUGUCGGACCGUCGAACUUCGUCGCUCAAGUGGAAUCCGACUAUGAUGACGUGGGUCCGCCGACCGCUUAUCCCGAGGUGUCCGUUGACGUCACCGAUUGCGAGGAGAUAUACGACGAUGUGAUGCCGCCCAGCUUCAAGCAAGACAGUUCGAAAGCCGUCGACGAGAGUGAUUACCUGAUUCCGGAAGCUAGCGACGAGGCAUCGUGCAAUAAGGAGCCGUCCGUGGAAUUGCAAACGACGUCCAAGAUUCGCGCGGUGGAUACGACGCCGCCGCGUUUCACUUCAGCGGCAACGAACGACGAUCAGUAUUUCUCGGCGACGAACAAUGAAUAUUCCAGCGUGGACUGCGAAAGUCAUCUGAGCGAGGAGGAGCGGGACGAGUUGGGUGUGUAUGACGACGUCGGGCUGCCGCCCGGCGAGGAGCGUGUCAAUAGCCUUUACGCCGGCUCCGCACCCGGCUCGGUCUUAGGACUGACCUCGAUGAACGGCAAGGAAUCCGAGUGGGAGGACCUGGAAGAGGCCUCGCGCUGCCCUUGUCAGACCAAUGAUCCGUGUGAAAAAGAGACCGAAGGGCAAAUCGCGUCGGGCAAGAAGAAGCUCGCUCAACGGUGGUCGCGGAACGUCAGGAAACAACGAUCCAGGAGAUCUCGCAAGAGCAUCAAGACGACACGGAUGACCCACGAUACCGCGAUCGACGACAACACUUCCGACGACAGUACAUACGAGAGUCUGCAUUCUUGUCAACCGGAUGACCUCAGCAGCGAUUCGGACACGGAAACGGACAUUACGCGGCAGCCGCGUAGUGAUCGCGUGAUCGAUGCUUAUUCGGAAUGCCCUACAAGGCCGACUCCGCCGCCGCCGAGGGAGGUCAGUCUAACUCAGACUCUGGGCAGACAGAUAAAGAUGCUGCGCAGGACCUGGAGCAUCACCAAGGGCAGUCUGGGCAGGAUCAGGCGGCGGACGUCCGUCGACGAGUCUGGCUUCGACGAUAAGGAGCAAUCUGUCAACGAGCCUCACAGCGAUGCCGGAAGGUACUUCAACUUCCGGCUGAAGCACUUCAGCCGAAAGAACGUCGUUGGUCCGCCGACUUUCUACCUCGACGAGAACAGCGGAAACGACGGCAUUCGCGACAACAACAACGGCGUCGCCAAGGAGGCGAUUUACACCAAUAGUCAGUAUAUGGGAAGUGGCAGCGAUGAUUCCUCGAGAACGCGGACCAGCGCCGACAUCGAUCAUUACAGCGUGCUCGCCGAUCAAGAGCCUCUUUACCAGUUUUAUGCAGCCGCGGUGGCUCGUGUUGCUUUCGAAUCGGAUUCCGAAGGCUACGAGGAGGUAGAAGAUAUGCUGUGCAAGACAGAACCAGCCGCAGCGGAUCUUACUAGAGCAGGGCAAAGAAUGCUCUGGUGUCAUACUCCACAAGUGAUACACAGUGGUCUCUUACAGACGUUAACACCGGAAGAGAAGAAGAUUCAGGAAGCGAAGUUUGAGAUCUUGACUUCCGAAGCGUCGUACUUAAAUUCUCUUCGGGUCUUAGAGAACGAGUUCCUCAAUAAUCAUACACUAAUAAAUGAGAUUCUAACGUCGAUUGAAAGAAAGAAAUUGUUCGGCGGGGUGCCGAGCGUAUUAUCGGCGUCGCAAACGUUCCUAGCUGAAUUGGAAGCUGUGUGGAGGGAAGAUCCGAUGUUGCCGGGCUUAUCGGAAGUCUUACUGAAGCAUGCCGAAAAGUGUCAGGCCACGUACGUGGCAUACUGCUCGAAUCAAGUCAGCAUUGAUACAACUCUGAAAGAACUCAAAGCUCGGAAAGGUGUAAAGGAGGCCAUCAAACGCAUAGAGACGCGGCCAGCGUGCCAAAAUCUAACUUUGCAUUCCUUCCUAAUGCUACCGAUGCAACGUGUUACAAGACUGCCCUUAUUAGCUGACGCCAUUCUUUCUAAAUUAUCGAUGGGAAAUUCGGACAGAAUGUCUUGGGAAAAGGUCUUAUCGACUUUAAGCAACGUCGUUGCUGAAUGUAACGAAGGUGCACGGGCUGCUGCACAAGAAGCAGAAAUGGAAGCUUUAUCAAGGAAACUGGAGUAUGCCUCGAAAAUUAAACCAAUCAUACUGAGAGGCAAGCAAUUGGUUAGAAGUGGAUCGGUCAUGCAAUUGUCGACGAAGACAGAUACUGAAUAUAAGCUCACAUUUGGAAAGAAAUUUACUAAGACGCCACUUUACCUUCUACUACUCACUGAUUAUCUUCUAGUCACGAAAUUAAAAUCUAAUGCUCAUGACGAAUGCUACACCGUCAUAGACGCGUGCAAACGGAAUCUUCUGGCUCUAGAGUCGGCUUCCGAUGAAUCACCAUUCGCUGGACGGAACGCUAUGAUACUGACUUUUCUGGAGAAUCACUGCGGCCGCCACGUAGAAUACGUCUUGACAUGCAAAAAUAAUACAGAACGAGAACGAUGGCUGGAGGCUGUCUCGCCGCCCAAACGUGGUUUAGUUGGGGAAACAUUAUAUGAAUCUUGGGACUGUCCGCAAGUAAUGGCCAAGCAUCCAUAUUCGCCAAAUCAACCUGAUGAGCUGUCUUUACAGUCAGGAGACGUGAUAAACGUAUUAAGAAAAAUGGCAGAUGGCUGGUAUCACGGUGAAAAAUUAUUGGACGGCGAGCAAGGAUGGUUUCCGGCGAAUCAUACGAAAGAAGUUGCGUCGGAACACGUGCGCGCGCGAAAUCUGAAGCAACGACAUCGUCUUUUAGCACUCAGCAACAGUGUGAUACAACAAAGAAGAGCGAAACAAAAUCAGGGGGUUCAUUGACGAAAUUAAAAUGUGAUCUGAGCUCGAAUCACUCAGAUAUUGUGAUCGUUAAUAAAUUAUUUGUUUAUACGCGAUUUCUACGAUAUUUCAGUAUUGAAUUUAUUCCGAUUAACUAUUAUGUGCCAAUAUAAUACUACUCGUCAAAGCGGAAAACGAUUCUGUAAAAUCUUUUACUGUAGUAUAUUGAAGCUACAGAAAGCUGAUACAAGAAAGAUAAUGAUAUAUAUUUUAUAUUUUACAUGUAUAUUGUAUAUAAGGGAGUGGAGAAAGAAAACAAGAGAGAAUGUUGUAACAAAA